UUGUUGUCGGACGACUGAGUAGAGAAGACCCUUGAACCAUGCAGAGAUGAGGUUUAAUCCCUAUGUGCAUGUGGUGGUACUCGUUCACCGUGGUACGUACGGCAGUGCUUAAUGUAGUACUCUCUACUCUCUGGCAUCUCCACGGAGAUUUGCGUGCGGUGGGAAUGAGGUUCAUCGCGAUUGCGUCAGUACAACUUCUAUCGAUGGGUCGGGCAUUCUUCUCCCUACCUUCUUGUUGGUCCCGGUCCAUACUCCGUUCUUUGUUUUUGUCUUGAGCGUUGGAUGGGGUUCAGACUGACCUUGGUUGUUAUGCGUGGCCGAAUUAAGUAAUUGGAUUGCAUUGUCAAGCGCCCGGUAUGAAUCAAUGAUCGACUUACCGAAUUAUGUAAGUGAUUUAGUGCGAAUUCAGGGAACUUACUCCGAGGUGGCGACGGCGAUCUGUCCAGUAUGGGACGCAGAGGAAAAUGGAAUGGCUUUCAACUCG